GCCGGGGCGGGCCGGCGCGCGCGCAGUGUGGUGGGGGCGCGCGGCCUCCCCCUGUCGCGAUGGCCGAGCAAAAAAUGGAAAUUACCACUCCUCCGACGUCCAAGUGUAUCAUGUACUGGAAAAGGAAAGUCAAGUCCGAGUACAUGCGUCUGCGGCAGCUCAAGAGGUUCCAGGCAAACAUGGGAGCAAAGGCUCUCUUUGUGGCCAACUUUGCAAAGGUUCAUGAAAAGACUCAAAUCCUUAAUGAAGACUGGAAGAAGCUUCGGGUGCAGCCAGUGCAGCUGAUGAAGCCAGUCAGUGGGCACCCGUUCCUGAAACAGUGCACUGUUGAGAGCAUUUUCCCAGGAUUUUCAAGCCAGACACUGUACAUGAGGACCCUGAACACAGUGGCACUGGUGCCCAUUAUGUACUCCUGGUCCCCUCUUCAGCAGAAUUUCAUGGUGGAGGAUGAAACAGUUCUGUGCAAUAUCCCUUACAUGGGCGACGAGGUGAAGGAAGAAGAUGAAACUUUCAUUGAAGAACUUAUUAAUAACUAUGAUGGCAAAGUUCAUGGAGAGGAAGAAAUGAUCUCAGGGUCAGUCCUCAUCAGUGAUGCUGUGUUCCUGGAGCUAGUGAAUGCUCUGAAUCAGUACUCGGACGAGGAAGAGGAAGGACACAAUGAUUCUGAGGUGAAACAGGAGGAUGGAAAAGAGGAGCUGCCAGUGACAAGGAAAAGAAAGCGAAUUGCAGUGGAAGGUAACAAGAAGUGCUCAAAGAAGAGGUUCCCCAAUGACAUGAUAUUCACUGCUAUUUCUUCCAUGUUUCCUGAGUAUGGCUUCCCAGAGGAUAUGAAAGAAAGGUACCGGGAGCUGACGGAGGUGUCAGACCCCAACGUGCUGCCGCCGCAGUGCACUCCCAACAUCGACGGGCCGUGCGCCAAGUCGGUGCAGCGGGAGCAGUCCCUGCACUCCUUCCACACCCUCUUCUGCCGCCGCUGCUUCAAGUACGACUGCUUUCUGCAUCCUUUUCAUGCUACUCCUAAUGUGUACAAACGAAAGAAUAGAGAGACCAAGAUUGAGCCAGAUCCUUGCGGCGCAGACUGUUUCCUCUGGCUGGAAGGAGCCAAGGAGUUUGCUGCACUGCACAACCCCCGAUCCAAGUGCUCCGGCCGUCGCCGCCGGCGGCACCACGUGGUGGGCGCGUCCUGCUCCAGCACCCCGGCUGUCACUGAGACCAGGGAGGGCGACAGCGACCGGGACACGGGCAACGAGUGGGCCUCUAGCUCCUCGGAGGCCAACUCCCGCUGCCAAACCCCCACUAAGCAGAAGCUGAGCCCGGCCUCCUCCCAGCUGUUUGCGGUGGAGACGCCGCAGGAGCCCGUGGAGUGGACAGGAGCCGAGGAGUCACUCUUCCGUGUCUUCCAUGGGACCUACUUCAACAACUUCUGCUCAAUUGCCAGGCUGCUGGGGACAAAGACCUGCAAACAGGUCUUUCAGUUUGCAGUGAAGGAAUCGCUUAUAACAAAACUGCCAACAAAUGAGUUAAUGAAUCCAUCCCAGAAGAAGAAAAGGAAGCACAGGCUGUGGGCUGCACACUGCAGGAAGAUCCAGCUGAAGAAAGAUAAUUCACCAACCCAGGUGUACAACUACCAGCCCUGUGACCACCCCGAGCAUCCCUGUGACAGCUCCUGCCCUUGCAUCAUGACUCAGAAUUUCUGUGAGAAGUUCUGCCAGUGCAACCCUGACUGUCAGAACCGCUUCCCAGGCUGCCGCUGCAAGACCCAGUGCAACACCAAGCAGUGCCCCUGCUACCUGGCUGUGCGGGAGUGUGACCCAGACCUCUGCCUCACCUGUGGUGCUUCAGAGCACUGGGACUGCAAGGUGGUGUCCUGCAAGAACUGCAGCAUCCAGCGAGGCCUCAAAAAGCAUUUGUUGCUGGCCCCAUCAGACGUGGCUGGCUGGGGGACUUUCAUCAAGGAGGCUGUGCAGAAGAACGAGUUCAUCUCCGAGUACUGCGGGGAGCUCAUUUCACAGGAUGAGGCUGACAGGCGAGGAAAGGUCUACGACAAGUACAUGUCCAGCUUCCUCUUCAACCUCAACAAUGAUUUUGUUGUUGACGCUACUCGCAAAGGAAAUAAAAUCCGCUUUGCCAACCACUCGGUGAACCCCAACUGCUAUGCGAAAGUUGUGAUGGUGAACGGAGACCACCGCAUUGGCAUCUUCGCCAAGAGAGCCAUCCAGGCAGGAGAGGAGCUCUUCUUUGACUACAGGUACAGCCAGGCAGAUGCCCUGAAGUAUGUCGGCAUAGAGAGGGAGACGGACAUCAUCUGAGCUCCGGGGUGGUUCUGGCACACCUUGCUGCUGCACCUUGUAAGCAAUGCCAUGUUUGCUUCACGCUGACAUGACUGCUGC